AUGGCCUAUCCAGCGUUUGAUGAACUGACGAAUGGCUGUCAGGAAGCGAUGUACGUUCUCCGAUCAUUCGAUGAAGCAGGGGCGAUGAUGUUCACGGCAGUAGGGUUUGGUGGAUCUGCAGCACACGCUGCAACAACACCGAAGCAAGUCGAAGUUUUGUUAAACACGGUGAAAAUGAAGUUUCCGGAUGCGAAGCCGUUCCAAGAUGGUCAAGGCAGCGUCAUGGUUCCAAUCCGUUUCGUUUCUGAAGCCCUGGGCGCUAAGGUAGGCAUCAAGUCCAAGGAUCACACGGUAGAUAUGACGAUCGGACAGACAACUGCGACCGUUGAUGGUCAAAAGAAAGACUAUGGAACACAAAUCAUUUUGAAACAGAAUCGUACAUUUGUUCCUUUGCGACUGGUCAGCGAGGGACUCGGCCAAAAAGUAGAAUGGGAUAAGAUCGGACGCUGGGACAAGCAGAAGCAGCCACAUACUCUAUUAGCUCAAGGAUGGUUUACUACGAAGUAUGGAGCAAUUCUGCAGGGCAAUGGACGGGUGAUGGUUUUCAGCCUGGAUCCAAAGUUCCUAGAAAAAAAUGAAGAGAAGGAGAACAACGGUACAGUAUUUGCACCGAAAGUAGAGGGUUGGCGUUACUACUUCCCGACCCUCUUUACGAUCGAGCUUGAGCCUGACGAAGGCAAGGCAAUCAUUCAACACUGGACCACAAAUGGUCAAAGCAAGGAAUACUUGGUACAGAACACAUUUGUGGAGAUGUCAGGGAUAUGCACUUAUACGGUAGUUGUCGAAGAGAACUGGACACUAACGUGGAAAGAUCCGCGAGAGGUUCCGACAGCAGACGGUGGUACAAGAACAGUCUAUGAUGUUCCGCGAUCGAAACCAGAUGUAAGACGUCCAACAUACCAAGUAGUUCGGCCAUACUCUUAUUGGGCUAUCGAUGAACUUAGUGUCUAUAACAUCCAAAAAGCUACAUUGAUGCAAUAUGCAUUUUCUGGAGAACAGAUCAAUAUUUUACCUUCUGGAUAUGAGCCACCUGAGUUUCAAGCGGAAACAACAGGCUAUUUCUAUCCUGCAAACAACCCAAGCCCAGUAAUUGCACCUUCUCGGAGCAAAGACGGCGGUACGAGUGAACCAACUAUGGACGAAGACAAUUUGCAAAGCGUAGCUGAAGCAGCUAUUCCGGAUGUGCAAGUUGAAAAUGACUCUCUGAUCUUUAAAGGCCAGACGAUCAUGAAUAAACAGCGUGUGGCCAAAAGUGGACCUCAGCCUGUGAACAUCCCAGCACCAGGAGAGAUCGGAAAAGAUGUAUUGUACAGCCCAUAUAACUACAUUCCAUCUAACAAGGUCAACAAGAAAGAUGAGGUCAGCACAGGAACCAUAGAGUUUAUCAUGGCUGCGGGCAGUAUUAACACCGAAGAAGAGGAAUUGGAGUACGAGAUUAACGGCAUAAAUACGGUGACCGUGCAUACUCCGGUUGUAAACUAUUCAGCUGUGUCUGACGAUCAGCCACACAAUCAGAAGACUAAGCCCAAUAUGAGCCGGUCAGCGCUGAUUUUGGACAGGCCAUUUAUUGUUCGGAUCCCAACAUCCGGUCAACACUUAGAUGUGACGCAAUAUCCGGGGUACGGUAAUCGAGAUUACGCAAAGUAUUUUAGAGCUAAGCAAGUUCGUUUCCCGUUCGAUGUGUACACCGAGAACAAAAACCAAUUGAUUCCAAAAGAUACUUGGAUCAAUGUCCCCGUAGACCAGCUGGAUACGACAUUUGAAUUGCCCGUCUGGGUCGAUGAAGGUGACUACCAGGUAUAUUUCCGAAACAUCGCGGAAAACGCACCAGUUGACUACACUUAUGAACAGGAUGCCAACCUGAAUCUCGCAAAUCAUGCUGCAGUCGAUCAAGUGAGUGUUGAAGUUAUUGGACGAUUGUAUGACUUCCACAUCACGGACAUUGCUGAUUACAACUGGGAACGUGUCUUCCGGACAUACAUCGGGAGUAAGGACUCUACAGGGAUGAGCUACUGGGUUGGUCAAAACGGCAUCGAUGGAGCACCGCGGGGAAAUAACGAACCCUAUACGCUGCCAAUCCGUGCAGGUAGUAACCCAUUGACCGGAAUGAAAAAUGUGGCUGUUAAGACAGGAUAUCAUUUUAAAUUCGACUUCAAGACGAUGGGUAACAUGUUUGGAACUAAAGAUGGAAUUCGGAUAACAACGACAUUCACAUACGUAAGUAAGGAUGGUGGCUCACCUAUUCCGGUGGAUCUAUACUACAAAACCAACGACCAACCAUUCAUAAAAGUCGGAUCUCCGGAAGAUAAGGUCGAGCGUUAUGUCAUUUUGAACGAGCGCUUACGCAGCGUGCCGCAAGGAGAUAUCAAAAAUGCAGGAUACUGGCGGUACGAUCAAUACUUAACAGCAGACCAGCAAGCCGGCACGGACCGCGAUCUCUAUAUGCGAAAUUACGUUCUCAAGUACACGAAGAAGGCAACUCCGGUUGGAGGAUACGCUCAGCUGCUGCUUCCGGAACAACUCAAAACAUUGAUCGGACCGAAGGAGAUCCCAUCCAACGCAACGAAUGGAAACCUGCAGAAUCCACAUCUUCAGUACAUUAAUGCACCACUCAUGAAUCAAUGGAGACUGGAAGGAUAUCGUCCGAACAUCCUGGAUUCGUUCAUGAAUGUGUUCAAUCUUCGUGACGGAGACAUUGUGUUCUAUAAUGCGGACCAAUCCAGCCGCGAUGAUUUCAGCGCACAAGCUCCACAC